AUGAAAUUCCCAUCUUCAGUCAUAGUAAGCUCGCUGCUCGUCGGCUCAACACUUGCACAUCCCGUGGGCCUGGGAAAGCGACAAGAAAGUGAAAACAUUGAUGGCACCGUCCUACAGUUUGCCCUUUUUCUCGAACACCUCGAGAAUGUCUUUUACAAGCAGGCUCUGAGCUCCUUGUCGGAGCAGCAGUUUAUCGAUGCUGGAUACGAUGCCAAAUACUACUCAGAUAUCAAAUACAUUGCUUUCGAUGAGGAGCAGCACGUCAAGCUCUUGACCAGUGCCCUGACUGAGGCCGGUGUCACACCAGUAGAGGCUUGUGAAUACAACUUCCCCUUCACAGAUGUCGAGAGCUUUAUCUCCUUGUCCACCGUCUUGGAAGGUGUUGGCAGCAGCGCAUACACAGGUGCAGCCGGCCUCAUCACAUCUAAGGAAUACCUCACCGUCGCCGCCUCCAUCCUUGCCGUCGAAGCGCUCCACACCUCCCUGCAACGAUCAGCUCAAGGCCUUGUCCCCGCAGCAAACCCGUACAUGACCCCGCUCUCACCAAACCCCGUCUUCACCCUCGCCGCAAGCUUCGUCGUUUCCUGCCCAGAAACCAACGCUCCCCUCCCAUUCGCAGCCUUCCCCGCCCUCUCAUCCGACAGCGGCUCACCGCUCGCCAUGGGCAUGCCAGCUCACUUCUCCUUCGAUGGCGACGCAGCCGGCAAGUACGCCACCUUCGUCAGCGGCCUCACCGUCGCCAGCGUCAUGAUGGAGGGUUCAGGAGACUCAUUCGAGGUCGUCAUCCCCGAGGGCAUUUCAGGCCAGAGCUACGCGUUCGUCACCAACGCCGAUGUUACCGGUGGUCCGGGAUCGUUGACGGACGCGGCCAUCGUUGCUGGACCCGCGGUGAUUGAGGUUACUCCUGAUGCUCCGGAUUAUGAUCCUUCAUACGAGUAA